AUGCUCAGCAAACGGGGGGAUACAAACGGUGAUCUCUACCAUGUUCGGAAAAACCAUGACUUCUUCUACGAGGACCCAGUUCUACGACGUCCGGUGGAAUCAAAUACCAGCUACGGUCGAAGUGAAAUCACACAUCUCUCGCGCAGGGGCAAGGAUUCGGCGGCACAAAUCCUGGAUUCCCAUGGGAAAAACAAGAACAACCUUCCCCGUGGGGAUACAAACUGUCAGGACUGGACUGGUACCAGAGACUAUUGGAAAGAAAAUGUUGGACAGAGUUCGGAGGACAUUGGCAAUCGACUCCAGCGAGAUGGUCGCUCUUGGAUCCCGAAACCCACUGAAGAGCCUAGUAGACGAGGACCUGCUGAUGCGACCUUUGGAAGGGAGCAAAUCCGACAACCGACUGGUCGUCUCAAUAUGGACAAAUUUGCGGGCCUCAGCGGCCUCAGUGGUGGCAGUGGUAAAUCCAGACGGUAG